AUGGAUACAGAGCCUGCAUUGCUGUUGGUAGAUAUAAUAUUUAAAACAUUGUACAUUUAUGAUGAUCGUGGGUCAAGGAAAGCUGUUGAUGGCAUCACUACAAAAGAGGAACUUAAAGAUGCACGUAUCCCAUACAAAGAUAGUCCUGAGUUUGUAUGGUUGUUGAAGGAGUUCUCAAGUACCUCAAGCAAAUCAUCUUCUUUGUUUGAGCAAUGCAAGCCAACGUUUCUGGAUAUAUAUCUUAGGGCAAUUUUAAAUGCAAGGGAAAAGCCAGCAAAGGGUCUUAGUCUUAGUCAAGCUUUUCAUCCACUUUUUAGACAUAUGUUACAUGAAGAUUUCGAAAACAGUGUGCUUCCCUCUGCUGUUAAAAUGCGGAAACGUAACCCUGAGAUUGUACUGGAAUCUGUUGGGAUUCUCUUGAAUUCAGUCAACCUUGAUUUAAGUAAGUACGCGGUCGAAAUUAUUUCAGUGGCAUUCCCACAGGCUGGGCAUGCAGAUGAAGGCAGAAGGGUUGGGGCGCUGGCAAUUAUACGAUGUGUGAGCCAAAAGUCUAGUAAUCCAGAUGCUUUAGAAGCAAUGUUCAAUGCUGUCAAAUCUAAUGGAAUGGAAGGGAAAGUUGUAAUGAACAGCGAAUGGAAUGAGAAAGGAAGGUUUCAAUUUGAACAGGGUUAG